GGAGGAAAGAGCCCAUGUUUUCUUCCUCUCCUCCGCUCUUGGUUGGCUCAUCGCGUUGGCUUCUAUUCAGAUUUGGGUCAGGGGUGAGGACGCUUAACGUCACAAGCUUGCAACAUGGCGUCCCGAAGGCUGUGAGGUGAGCAAGAGGAUGGAAAAUUGAGAACGCUCCUACCGAUGUAAUAAGCUUCAGGUGGUGAUCGUGUAGGAAGAGAGAGAAGGAAGGAAAGGUAUAAAGGAAGGAAGGUAGGUGGAAAUGGAGCUGCCAAAUCAUGCCAAACAACUGCUGCUGCAACUGAACCAACAGAGGGCGAAGGGCUUCCUGUGUGAUGUCAUUAUCGUGGUGGAGAACGCGCUGUUCCGCGCCCACAAGAACAUCCUGGCGGCCAGCAGCAUCUACUUCAAGUCCCUGGUCCUCCACGACAACCUCAUCAACCUGGACACGGAGAUGGUCAAUCCGUCUGUGUUCCGGCAGGUUCUGGACUUCAUCUACACGGGCAAGCUGCUGUCCUCCUCCACCGAGCCGGGCAGCGAGCAGAGCUACAGCGCCCUGCUGACGGCCGCAAGCUACCUCCAGCUUCACGACCUCGCCGCUCUCUGCAGGAAGAAGCUGAAACGCGGUGGGGGGAAGCCCCUCGCUGGGAAACCCUCCUCCCAGGGAGCCCUUGGGAGAAUACGCAACAUCAACCAGCGCCGGGCCACCGCAGGUCCCCUCAACCACUACUCCGCCACCCCAUCCGACACCGACCAGACGCAGCCCGACGACGGAGUCCGGGACAAGCUCUCGGACGACGAGACGUUUGCUGGGAACAAUGGCAGCACCGGGGGGAACAACGGCAGCAGCAACGGGAACCUCAGCAGUGGCGGGGAGCCAGACCUGGGGCUGGACUUGUCCAAGAAGAGCCCCGCCUCUGGGGGGGGGGGCAGCGGCGACGCCCUCAGCCCACACAGCUGCCAGGAGUCUCCCCAAUCUGCCUCAGUGUCCACCACCAACAGUGCCUCUCUGGACGACUCCUCCACCCUCCUUACCGGCCUGGACGCCUCGGGCCCUGAGCCCAUGGAGCUCACCCCCACCCCCAGGGCACCCGGAGACGGCCCCCCCCAGCCCCCCGGACCGCAGCCCCGCAAGAGCUCCCGCCAGGUUGCCCGGAAGAAGGAGUGGCCCAAGAGGGAGGUGUCUGGCCUGAAGGCAGAGGAAAGACACAGGCCCCUGGCAAACGGGGUCAUCGUGGGGCCCAAAGAUGGCCGCUACUCCAGUGGAGGAGCAGGAGGAGGAGGCAGCAGCAGCAGCUUUAUCUCAGACCAGUCCUUCCAGUGCAAGGAGGAGGAAGAGGAGGAGGGGAGGGAGAACGGCCAGGAGCAUAGCGACGAGAGCGGGCAGAGCGAUGGGGAGAGCGGCGAAACAGGUCGAGGAGGAGGGAAAGGAGGAAGAGGCGGCAACCGCAGAGCUAACUACGUCUACCGCCAGGAGGGCUUCGAGCCAGCAUUCGGGGACAACCUCUAUGUGUGCAUCCCCUGCGGGAAGGGCUUCCCCAGCUCAGAGCAGCUCAACGCCCACGUGGAGUCCCACACCGAGGAUGAGCUCUACAUCAAAGAGGAGGCCGGUGCCUUCGUCAAAGAGGAGGAGGAGGAGGAGGAGGAGGCCGAAGACCUCUCGGCUGCACCCGCCGCACCGGCAUCCGCCUUCGGAGGCUGCGAGCCGCGGCCCUUCAAGUGCACGGUGUGCAGCAAGAGCUACAAGGACCCGGCCACCCUCCGCCAGCAUGAGAAGAGCCACUGGCUCACACGGCCAUUCCCCUGCAACAUCUGUGGAAAGAUGUUCACCCAGCGCGGCACCAUGACGCGGCACAUGCGCAGCCACCUGGGCCUCAAGCCCUUCGCCUGCGAGGAGUGCGGCAUGAGAUUCACCCGCCAGUACCGGCUCACCGAGCACAUGCGCGUGCACUCGGGCGAGAAGCCCUACGAGUGCCAGCUGUGCGGGGGCAAGUUCACCCAGCAGAGAAACCUCAUCAGCCACCUCAGAAUGCACACUUCGCCCUCCUAGGGGAACCAACAAGCCAAAGAACCCUGGGAACCCAAACCGGGGGGGGGGGGGGGGGGGGGGGGAGAGAAGGAGCUAGCUCUCCCCGGUUUUGUCCCGCCUCAAAAAGCAAAGAAACACGCACACAUUCACACAUUUAUAUAUGCACACAUAACCUUUUUAACACACUUGUUUCCAGGACUGCAUUUCUCUGGGCUGAGUGUGUGCUGUCACGUAUGGCGAUCAGGGUGUUGUCUUGGUGUGACACACGUGUGCACGCACACUCACACACACCUCUCUCUCUGGCCCACCUGAUCACUGUUAUUACCUCUAGCCACCCACACACACACACACACACGUACACACCGUCUUCAGUCUGGGAUUGCUGCUUGGAGUUUUUAGUGGCCCCAGCUCUGGUUUCUCAGAUUGUCCAGUCCUCUCAGGCCCAGCAAGCCCAGACAUCUGGUACCGGGCCCAGCCGCUGUCCCAACAGCACCUCACCACAUGCAAUAAUCUGAACCUGAACAUAUGGUUGUGUUGUAACCAAUCAGCUUUAG